UUGCGUUUGGGGAUCGGGGUAGGGGGUGGGGUAUGUAGGGGCUGGGUGCUGUAAAGCAAAUGCAAAGAAGUGCUGAAUUGUGAUUCCCAAUUCUACUUCCUAAUUAUUCUUCUCUGCUCUCUUCGAUUCACCUGCUCCAGAGGCAGCAAACGUCGAACUCCAUAGCUGAAGCAGAACCCUAGCUCACACCUUCUCUUUGAUUUUCGCUGUUAGGCAGUUAAAAUGUCAACUCCUUCAAGGAAGAGACUGAUGAGGGAUUUCAAGAGGUUACAACAGGACCCUCCUGCGGGUAUUAGUGGUGCUCCUCAAGACAAUAACAUUAUGCUUUGGAACGCCGUUAUAUUUGGUCCUGAUGAUACUUCUUGGGAUGGAGGUACGUUUAAAUUGACGCUUCAAUUCAAUGAGGAUUAUCCCAACAAGCCACCAACAGUGCGAUUUGUUUCUCGCAUGUUUCAUCCAAAUAUUUAUGCAGAUGGAAGUAUAUGUUUGGAUAUCCUGCAAAACCAGUGGAGUCCAAUAUAUGAUGUUGCAGCUAUACUUACAUCCAUUCAGUCACUGCUGUGUGAUCCAAACCCUAAUUCUCCUGCAAACUCGGAAGCUGCUCGGUUGUUUAGUGAGAAUAAGAGGGAGUACAACCGGAGAGUUAGAGAAAUUGUGGAGCAGAGCUGGACUGCAGACUGAUACCACAAAUAUAGAGGUUAUUGCAACCUCAAUCAUGAGCUUUGGGGGCUCAUCUGUGUAAUGGUUCCAGACACCGUAGUCCGGAAUUGUAAUUUUAGUGGAGCACAUUCAUGCUGAUCCCAGUAUAGUUGUUCUAUGCUACUCCCCUCAAUUGUUGUUCACCGCUUGUCAAGCUCCUGUAGAUUAUGUCUUCUGGUAUUGGAUUUGUUUAGAUUGUGCUAGUUGCUUUUCCAACAAAGAUGGUUUUCAGAUACUUCCAUUAACUUUCAAGUUUGGAUUUAACUUGUAAGCCUCGCAAACCUACUGUAUGAUC